AUGCAUAACAAUAAUCCAAGAAGCUCAUCUCAUAAAUAAUUGAAAACUUUGUAAAGCCAACUUUAGACUACACCAAUUCUGAAAUCUAUAGAAUAAUUGAAAACUGAAGGAAUUCAUUAUUAUUACCAUUAAGGAUAUGAAAGAAAAGCUUUACAUAAAAUUUUUACACUUAACACAAAAAAAAGACAUAUCUAAAGAUAUAUAAAUUAAUAAGUUUAUAAUGCAGACUUAAAUGGAAUUUCUUUAAAAGCUAGUUAAAUGGAUAGAUUUAAUUUAUAUUAAAAAGGUUUAACCGAGUACUUAUAAUUAAUGAUAAUUUAGUGAAUUACAAGCAAAUUCUAAAAGUUAUACUAAUUUAUCUCGUUUGAAAAAAGGAGAUUUUUAGAAUAACUCUACAGAAUAAUUAUACGGACUUAAAAAUUCACAACAUAGAGAAACCCGUAUAACAUCAGGUCUGAGAAUUUAAUCUAUCUAAUAAGAGACUAAUCUCAAUGGUCAAAAUAAUUAAAAUAAGUUUUCUAUAUCCAAGCAUUUGGUUAGACCAAAAAGAGAAGAAUAAUUAGUACAAGCAAUUAAGAAAGAUAAUUUAUUUACUAUUGUUUAUAAAUCAAAUAUUUUUUCUAAUUGA